AUGACGACCCCUUUCCUUGACACCAUCGCGGCCCGCCGAUCCUGGUACGCCCUGGGAAAACACCUGACCAUCGAUCAAGGCAAAGUGAAGGCCAUGGUCGGUCAUGCUAUGCAGUCGGUUGCUAGUUCAUUCAAUUCGCAAUCCAACUGCGCGGUUGUGCUCUUCGGCUCCGAGCAUGACAAGCUGUGGGAUAUUGUGACUAACGUGCUCAAGGUCCAAGUCACUACGGAUCAAUGGGUAUAUACGAGCCAAAAGACAGCCGGAUUCAAGGCCGCUGCCGGAACUUCGAAUGCCAUGUCGCAGCACACCAUUUGGACGGCGCUGUCAGCCGAAGGGCUCGGCGCCUACCAACAGCAUUACAAACCCCUGAUUGAUGGAUUGGUAGCCGCAGCCUGGUCUCUGCCACCUAACUGGCGGCUGACGGCUCAGCUUGUGUUUGGCGAGCGGAUCGGCCCUAGUCCGGCGUUGGGGGAGCAGAAGCCAUCAGAUGGUAAACUGAAGGUCUUUGGCGCAGAUACAGGAGUCUAG